AUGGGCAGCAGCGAGAGAAAGUCCGUCGGAGUUUUCGAGCCAACAAUGUACACGACGCCGAUGGUGGUUGUCGUCCUCAUACUUCUGACGGCUUGUGCGGAGCUCUGCGACGGUGUUGCCGUCGUUGACGUCUACCGCCUUGUUCAGUACGAUCUCAACGGAGUUCCGUUUGGAUCUCGAAUCGCCUCCCUCAAUCAUCACGCCGCUUCUUCCCUCUUCUCUCCUGGAAGCUCAGUUAGUGGUAAUUCAGUUGCUGCUGAUCUCUCUCGGGCCGUUCUGAUUCUUCCGUUGCGUGAAUUGAACCUCACUCUCAUUAGAGAAUAUAUUGAACAAAAAACGAUCUUGGGUGGUUUGCUUUUCUUACUUCCUUCGGUGUUUAAUCCCGAAAACAUUGACACUACGAGUGAAGCUGAUUAUAAUCUUGCACAAGAUGUGUCAAAGGAUGUGUUGGUUGAAGUUGAACGAUUGCUAAUACAUGCCAGUAUCCCGUAUCCUGUUUAUUUUGCUUUUGAGAGUGAUGAUGUGAACUCUGUGCUGGCGGAUAUCAAAAGGAAUGAUGCCAGUGGUCAACCUGCUACUGCUACAACUGGAGGAUACAAGCUUGUUGUUCCCACUUCGGAACCCAGGAAGAUAGGAACACCCACUAUUGCGAAUAUUCAGGGAUGGUUGCCUGGAUUGAAAGCUGAUGGUGAUUCAAGUCAACUUCCUACUAUUGCCAUAGUAGCGUCAUAUGAUACCUUCGGAGCUGCACCAGCACUCUCUAUGGGAAGUGACAGCAAUGGAAGUGGUGUCGUGGCACUUUUUGAGUUAGCUCGUUUGUUCUCCAUUUUAUAUUCGAACCCUAAAACAAGAGGCAGUUACAAUUUACUGUUUGGGCUCACAUCCGGUGGGCCUUACAAUUACAACGGAACCUAUAAGUGGAUUCGCAGCUUUGAUCAGCGUAUACGGGAGAGUAUUGACUACGCUAUUUGCUUGAAUAGUAUUGGCUCAUCUAGCGACGAGUUGUGGGUUCAUGUGUCCAAACCUCCAGAAAAUGCAUAUGUAAAGCAAAUUUUUGAGGUUAUUUCUAGUGUUGCUGAAGAAUUGGGUCUUACUGUUGGUCUUAAGCACAAGAAGAUUAACAUCUCAAAUUCUAGAGUAGCCUGGGAGCAUGAACAGUUUUCAAGGCUUCGAGUUACUGCAGCAACGCUUUCUAAACUCUCUGUUGCACCAGAUUGGCUUGAAAGCACUGGCGGUCUCCCAGAUAACAGACACACUGUGAAUGAAAAUGCACUAGUUCGAAGUGUUAAGUUAGUGGCUGAAAGCCUGGCGAGACAUAUAUACGGCCAGAGUGGGAGAACUAUUGAUGUUUUUGCUGAUAACAGUAGCUUAGCUGUCAAUCCUUCUCAUAUACGUUCGUGGUUGAAUCUUCUGUCUACAACACCACGUGUCGCACCAUUCUUGUCGAGAAAUGACCCACUCAUCACAGCUCUGAAACAGGAACUGUCAGAGUAUACUGUAGGGGUUAAUGUGCAACAUGAGGUGCUUGACGGAAUGUUCACUUUCUAUGAUUCCACAAGGAGUAAAUUGCACAUAUAUCAGGUUGCCAGCGUGACAUUCGACUUGCUUUUGCUGCUUGUGUUGGGAUCUUACAUGAUCAUCCUUUUCAGUUUCCUAGUUAUCAUCACCAGGGGUCUUGAUGAUCUCAUUAGUAUAUUUCGUCGGCCCCCCUCUCGCAAAGUGAAAUCUGCCUAG